UGCCCUGUGAACACUGUUCCGCCAUUCGGCUCCACUGCUCCCCACGAGCGCGAGACGACAGGAUUCGGCAAAGCACACAAGUACUUUAGUUGCUUCCACGAGGAUUGCACCUACUAGGAACUCCAUAUCUCUGCACCACCGAUGGUCGCAACAAUGGGGCUCGAUUCGUGGACAUCAGAGGAACUCGCGUCUGCCAUCAGCGCGCUGGGUCCAGAAUUUGAGGAAGUGUCCCAAACUUUCGCAGAUCGCCAAAUAACGGGCAAGUUUCUGUACGGUGCGUCGCCUCAAGUCCUUUACGUAAAACUCAAAGGAGACCUCGGGGUCAAGGCGUUCGAUGUCCGAACGAAGCUAUUGGGCCAGAUUGAUAAAUGGAAGACGGAUACACAGGAAAAUGGCGAUGAGCAGGGUGAUGGACUGGGUAGUGGGCAGGAAUCAACCUUGGCGACCGACGUAAGAGAGGCGAAACCGCCAGAUCUAUCAGCCAAACGGGCACGGGAAGACCCGAUCCCCAACCCAGGUCCGACAGCGAAAUCCACAGAGUCUCCAUCCCCAGUCCUUGUCUCAUCCAGUACAACAAGCUUACCUGGCUCACCACCCAAAAAGCGCCGGAUCACGCCAAAAUUGAUCGGCCCCGUGCGGACAAGGAUCCAUACCUUCGCUUCCACCACCCAACUCUCCGACUUCACCCAACGGAAGGAGGAAGCCUUGAAUCAGGGCGUCGCUGGACCCGUUGGGUAUCGAAAUGAGUCUGAAUUUGCGGAUGGCGAUCUGGUGGUCGAAGGAGAAGACAAAGCGCAGGUCGAGCUCGAAGAAGAGGUUGAAGAAAUGAUGAAGAUGGAAGAGUUGGGGGAGUCGGGCAAGGGGAAGGGGAAGGGACGAGCCGUCAGCGAAGGAGAGUAUGGUACUAUGGAGGAUCAAACCGCGGAUAUCAGAGAUGAGGAGGAGAGGGCGGAAGAUGGGGGUGAGGAAGGGGAUGGGGAAGAGGGAGAUGGGAGCAUUGAGGAGGAAAGUGGGUCGGACGGAGAGGAGAAAGGAAACUCCGGCGAUGAUGGAGGUGAUGGAGGUAGCGGAGGUGUACCGACUGCAGAUGUAGCGAACCAAGGGAGCUCGUCGGCUGGGCAGAACGUGAUCAAUCUUGAUAGCGAUGACGAAGAGUACUACAUAGCACGAGGUGCCCCAGACUAACCUAGCAGGAAGGUGUUCCGUAGCAAGGGGCGCGGGGAACGGGAGAGAGGUUCCAAGAACGGCAAUUCAUGCCGUGAUGUAAUGGACCGCGGCGUAUUGUACGUAAGGAAAGCACUAAACUGUGGCCGCUA